CAUUAAUCAAAAGAUGAAUCUCCGUUCAAUAAAAGACAAAACGGUAAAAAUAAAAUCUCUUCCUCCUUCAAAUUUUCAGCUUGACUCCCGUUCUGUUUCGCUUCUUUUCUGCAACACCAUAUACUCGAAGGUGGACACGGCUCUAAUGCUAUAAGCUGCAUCAAUAAGUUUGAGUCUAGAAGCACAGAGGCAAAUAAGACCGUUGGUUAUUGUUCAAGAAGAGUUACUGAAUUAAAUUGAAAGGUCAGGAUAGCAUAAUUUUCCCUCUGUUGCUUUUAUUUUUAAAUGAUGGUCUUUCUCAUUUGUUAAUGCUUGAUAAUUUUUUUUUUUUUAAAAAUUAGACCAAAAAUAGUAUAUGCAGAUUUUCACAUAUGUACUCUCUGUAACAAAAAAAAAAACUAUUAAAAUUACUUUUGAUCGUUUACAAUGUUAUCAUAGAAAAAAAAUAGUGCAAGAGUAGCACGUCAAAGAAGACGGAUGAUAAUGUUUGAGAAGUGAACCAAAAGAAAAGGGCAUGGAAGAUGAAAUAAUUUCCAAAGUAUGUGCAUUAGAAAUGGUCCUACACAAGCUAGGAAAAAUAGGAGAAUGGUCGUGGGAACAAUUGGAUCCAUCUUCUACUACAGUUUCAUUUAUAUGUUUGAUUUAGCUGCUCCAUAGGAAUGGCCAAUAUGCAUAUAUUAUGCCAUUUCUUGAGGCGCCAGUUAAUUAAAGUGUCAAUCAUUGUAGGAAACAAAAAAGUCCAUUGACAUUUAGAAAAUACAAAUGACACAAACCUCUGAAAGUUUUUUAUGAAAUAUUUAUUGUGUUAAGUUGAUUUAUACAACUAUAUUUGAAUUGUUAUGAUAUAAUGUUUAUACAAUUAAAGUCUAAAGUUGGUUGAUUUCAACAGUCAAUUAAAUUGUAUUAUGCUAAAAUGUUAUUUUGGUAUUAUCUUAAUAUAGAUUUCAAGUUAGAUUUUGAAGUCUCUAUGAAAGACUCCCUGAAUUUAGGUUUUUUCCUUGCAAGUAAUUAUUUGAAUUUUUUUUGGUAUUAUCUUAAUAUAAAAUGUUUAAAUUUUCACUUUUUUUUAGAAACAUUAAAUUUUUACUUACCAUGUGUCUUUUGUAAUAAAUAAAAUUAUCCUGCACAUUAUGCUGGUUAUAAGCUAGUAUAAUUAAUUCGAGUUCUCAUGUUUACAAGCUUGUUCACAAACACAUUACUAUGUUUGAACUUGGCUUGUUUACUAAAUAAAUGAACAUGAACAAGCUUUUUCUUGAGCCAAGUUCAAGUUGUUCAUGAAUAGCUUGGUUCAUUUACAGCUCUAAAAUGAUCCCUUCCCCUGCUAUAUAGAGAGAAAGUUUUGCACAUUAGGUAAAUGGGUGUGGUUGAGUGUUGAAUGAUCAAAUGGAUGAAACAUGGUAAUGAGAUCGAGAUACUCAAAUUUUAUCAUUUUAUGGGGGGAUGGAGAUGGAGAUGAGGGCGAGGGAGGACAUAGAAAUAGGGGAAGACAUAACACCUCCAAUACCCCCAUUCUCAUACGCUCUCCACCACUCAUUCCUCCACUCCCACUGCUACUCCUGCUUCUCCCCUCUCCCUCUCCCUCUAAAUUCCAAUUACAAUAAUACUAAAAACCACCACCAUUACUACUACUGCUCCCCUGCCUGUACUACUACUAGGGUUGUCUCCACCGAAGAACUCCACAUCCUUCAAUCCCACCCCCACCACCCCUUCUCCUCUGACCUUCGUGCUGCCCUCCGCUUCCUCCAAUCCCAUCCUGAUGAUCGCAUCGCCGGUUUGCUCACCAACUGCCGCAAACUACUCCUACUCCAAGAGGACGAUGAGUUUGUGGCCACAAUUCGUGAGGGCGCCAAAGCCAUAGCCACAGCCACAGCCGCAGACACGGCUUCAGCCUCAGCUGCACUAUGCCUUGUGCUAACCAAUGGCGUGGAGGUGCAGGAUUAUGAUGGGCGCAAUCUGGGUAUAGCAGUAUACCCGCAAAACUUCUCGUGGAUCAAUCACAGCUGCUCUCCCAACGCUUCUUACCGCUUUUUCCUCUCUCCACCGCCACCCUGUUGCCCCAACUCCACCAAGCUUCAGAUUCUUCCCCAACAUACUGUCCUAACAAAAGAUGAUGAGGUGUGCCAGGAUAAUGGUCCCAAAAUUGUUGUUAGGAGUAUUAAGAGGAUUAAGCAAGGGGAGCAAGUCACUGUUACCUACACUAACUUGUUGCAGCCUAAGCAAAUGAGGCAAUCAGAGUUAUGGUCAAGGUAUCGAUUUAUCUGCCGUUGUGAGCGAUGUAGUGCUUCACCCCCAACCAAUGUGGAUCAUACUCUGCAGGAAAUUUCUUCAGCAAAUCUUGAUGCUUCCAGUUUGAGUUCUGAUCAAAAUGUCUAUCGUGACUAUGCAAUAAGAAGGCUGACUGAUUACAUUGACGAUGCUAUAACUCAGUAUCUUUCAUUUGGUGAUCCCGAAUUGUGUUGUGAGAAGCUUGAAAUCUUGUUGACACAAGGUCUCCUUUAUGAACAGCUAGAAGGCAGGGACGUAAAAUCACAACCAACCAUCAAGUUGCAUCCCCUGCACUACCUCUGUCUAAAUGCCUAUACUACACUGGCUUCAGCAUAUAAAGUCCGUGCAAGUGACUUGUUGGGUCUAUAUUCUGAAUUGGAUGAGCAUCUUUUGGAAGCUCUGGACUUGAGCAGGACCAGUGCAGCAUACUCAUUAUUGCUUGCAGGUGCUACUCACCAUCUGUUUCGCUUUGAAUCUUCUCUAAUUGCAACAGUUGCAAAUUUCUGGAUAAGUGCUGGGGACUCCUUAGUAACUCUUUCUAGAAGUCCUGUAGGGAGUGAGUUUGCAAAAUGGGAUCUGCCUAUUGCGAACCUGCCUCUCCUGAAAUGCGUAUGCUCUAAGUGCUCACUAAUGGAUAAUUUUAAAGCCAUUCUAUUUCAUAGGGAAGCUCAAAAUGCGGAUUUUGAGGAUAUAUCUAGUGAGUUCCUUGAUUGUGUCACUAUCAUUACACAAAAGGUUUGGAGUUUUCUUAUUCAUGGUUGCUGUUAUUUGAGAGCAUUUAAAGAUCCCAUUGACUUUAGCUGGCUUGGAACUUCAAAAUAUUCCAGCUUAAGGGAUGUUCAGCCUCAUCUUUGCAGCACUGCUGAAGGACAUGGUUACACCCUCCAAGAAAGGAUGCAUAUCUUCCAGCUUGGUGUCCAUUGCUUAUUGUAUGGAGGGUAUUUAGCAAGCAUAUGUUACGGUCGACAUUCCCAUUUGACUAGGCAGGUUCAAAAUAUUCUAGACUGUGAAGAGUGUUUGAUAAAUGAUUCACAUGAAUCAGAUUGAGUCAUGAAUUAAAAGGAGUUUUAUACUU